AUGAAUGAGACCUGGUGUGCUCUCAAUAUUUCCAUCUUGAAGUGCUUCGUGUUGUUCUUGUUGCACGUACAUCAUACGAGAUCUGACAGCUUCGGCAGCUUGGCUAGCUCUUACUUCCAACAACUGAACUCAAUCGCCCAGGAGCAUUUGGGAGUGGACAAAUUUGAGAUAACGCAAAGAUUAGAAAGCAGGCUGGAUGCGAGUGUUAAUGACAUUGACCGAAUGAUUGAACUACUUGAUGACAAAUCGGGAGAUAUUCAGAUUAGAUUAUGUCCCAGCUCAUCUGCUCCCGGAUACAAUUUCAAUAUAGACUUUUUCAUUGAUGUUAAUUUGGAAACCAUGUGUUCUAAUAACGUGAGAUUGAAUUCUGUUUCUGAAAACUUUUACAAUUUUGUGAAAGAUCGUUAUUCAAGUAACUACUUCAGAAACAAGUGGUAUUACACAUCUGAAACUGGUCCAACUGUCAUGUAUCCAGCAAUCGUUCUGCCAAGCACGUCUGAUUAUAGAUUGAGAUCGAGCUACAUCAACACAAUAAGUCAGAAAGCCAAACAUGUGCUUCUGCUCUUUCAAAGCUCAAUUUCGGUGACGCAAGUAUCAGACAAAAUGAUCAUGGUGGCAAACGUUAUACUGGACUCAUUAAGCUCUCGUGACAGAGCACUCUCAAAAUCCAGCAACAAUAAAUUAAUGAUUGUCAAAAGUCAACAGUUUAUCCACUAUGUACAUUAA